UUGUAGAUACACCAAUUUCACUAGCUCUCACUAAUAAGAAGUGGUAUGCUAUUUCGCAAGAUCCGCAGUCUCGCGCUGAUUGGCUCAUUUUUAAGUACGGUCAUGCUCAUGCACUGUUCCACGCAGUAAGACUUGGGAACAGCUUUUUAACAAGUGAAGUAUUACAUUCUUUGCUAAGUAAAAAUGCAAUAAUUUCAAGAUAUUUCAUACAGCGUCUAUUGAUGCAUUUCGGACCAUAUGAUGAAAAGUUGAUUGAACUCAAAAUUGAGCAUAAUGUAAAUCAAGUCGAUUUUGAUAGAAUUCGAGCCUUUCAAAAAAAAUUAAGUUCUCCAUGGGCAUCCAAUUUGCCCUUACCAAUUUUUACAAAAUUGAUUACUGCGGGUUAUAAUAUUUUAAACGAUGAAAAUCUCGUGAUCAAAGGAAAUGAUAUGGAAUUAUUUCAUUUCUUAUCAGCUGGCCCUUUAGUAAUUAAUCAAGCACCUCAAAAAUUAUUUCAAAAUCUUGCUGAUAUUAAAGAUUUAAUAAUAAAUAAAAAAUUCGUACCAUUUCCACCGCGACCAAAACCGGCUCAUGAAGAUACGGUGGAAUAUAUUCAAUUAAUGCAAUCGAGGGCUCAUGAAGAAUAUCCUCCAAAAGAUGGUUACGAAAAUAGUCGUCAACUCAAUGUUAUAGCUCGGGCGAUCUUGAUAUAUCCCGAUUUAGUAACUUUAUGGAAAGAAAUUGGAUAUUAUGAAAUUUGUAGUGAUGUUAACGACCUCGUGAUGCAAGGGGCACUAUUAAUUUUAUUCCCACCGACCCCUCCUGCUGAUUGGGAACGUCCUGAUACAAAGAUUGUUGUGAAACGCUUAAAACAACUCAUUAAUCUUGGAUUUAAGUUAACUGCUUCUGUCAUGGAAGAAGCACUUCAUUUAUUUGAACAUAAAUUAAAUGAAAUUGGAGAUGUUUUGCUUGAAUCGUUUCAGAUUAUUCAUAAGAAAAAAUCAAAAUCUGCUAUUGCUAGUUUAUGUCUCAUUCAAGCUAUUAAGCCGGAGAGAAGUCAUAGAAAAACUGAUUUAUUAGAAUUUUUGAAUGAUAGAAUUGAUCAACCUGAACAAGCUAUGAAAAAUGCUUUGGAAUGUUACAAAGUUGGAUUUAGAUAUAAUACUUUUUCAAUAAAAAAGAUAAAAAUAAGGUCUUUAUCAGUACAUUCGAAUCUAUAUUAUUGGAUAUUAAAAAAAUUCGGACCUAAUUCCGAAGCUACCCAAAAAUGUUUCGAGGAUAUUAUGGAAUCAAGAAUAUGGAUAGAUUUAAAAUCACAAGAAAUUCUUGAAAGAGAAAUUCCUGAUCAUCUUACUAGAUGUGCUUUUAAUGCUAUUUGUUCAAUUUACCUCGAAUUUUGUAAUGAAAGAAUUCCAUUUAAAGCAAAUUAUUUACAAUAUUUAACAUUGGUAAACAAUGAGGAGAUAAUAAGGCCUUUAUUUGAAAUUAGUUUGCCAAACUUAUUUGGUCUAGAAUUAAAAUGCAAUUCAUAUAAAAUAGAUUAUGAAUAUAACAGACCAGAAAUUGACAAUAAUGAAAAUAAUAAGAGAAAGUAUACCGACAUGAAUGAACAACCAGAACAUCCAGAUAGAAGUGGAUGGAUUAGAUUAUUAGAAGAUUUGCAAACUCUUGUAAAUAAUAAUACAGACAUUACCGAAACUUUUAGAAACAAUUUUGAAAAAUUCUUGGAAAGAAUUACUUCUUCGCAGAAUCAAGAGAUUAAUGAAGAAGUUUGUCCCAAAAGGUUAAAACAAUAAAGUUUGAUUAUGAAAAAUCCGGCACCAAAUAUGCUAAUAGCGUCGAGGAACGUGUUGAUGUAAGAAUGUAUAUAGUUAAAUACGUAUGUAUGUAUUAUACCGGACCAAAACCAAACUUCACGUUUUGUAUGUAUGUCCGCUAUUAAGUUGGAGUCCAUGCAGUUAGCGCCGAGAAAAAGGGAUGAUCAUUAAAAAAAAAAAAAAAAAUGCAAGUGAUUCCGAGUAAGCAAGCCCGCCACAGAACAAAUUAGUUUAUAUUUAAAUGUAUUAUAAAAAUUAAAUUAUUAAUGUUAAAUUAUAAAAUUAUUUAAAUAAAUAUUUAAAAAUUUUUACAUUAUUUUAUUUUGUAAACCUUAAAAAUGACUGAUAUUAAAAAAGCC